UGCUCCGUAACCGUACUUUUUUCACUUUUCAUCCGAAUGCAAUAUUAAUGAGAAAAUUAAAUCCGACUCCAAGCUCGAAAAUCGAGUCGGGUUGCAUCAUCUAGUGAAUUUGGCGACGCGCUGUUUUCCCCCAGACCCGACCCACUUUUUGUUGUGAUUGUUAUUGUGACAUUUGUGACGUUCCCGUGGUAGAAAUUGCAGCGAAGGUCCCGUUAUGUUUACGAUGUGGUGUGUUUAGAAGAGCAGUCCUGAAUUCCUGAAAUCGUCGUCGGAAUUGCGAUGGCAGGGUAAUCAAGCCUCCACACCAUGGACACCCUAACCCUGGACCCCUACGAACAACAACUCCUCACCGUCUUCGACAGCUGCGACCACGAAAACGUCGGCAGCCUCGACCACGACGGUCUAACCCAGCUCUGCCAAGCCCUCCACCUCGAAGAACAAUGCACCGACCUCAUCCAGUCCCUCUUGAACGACCCCAAACAUUCCAGAGCCACUUUCACCGAAUUCAAGGAAGCCCUUUUGACCCUCCUCGGCAACAUGCAACUCAACAAAACCAAACACUCCGACGAGUCGUCAAAGAAGGCAGAGAACGGCUCCCCCGACAGAGAAGUCUCCCCGAAAUUUAUCUACGGCUCGAAAAAGUACGGCCGAAGAUCCCGGCCCCGAAGCGACGAAAUCUCGAAUAUGGUAGACGAACAAAACGACUUGAACUACCUGAAUAAAUCCAGCAACGUGUCGGUCCAGCGCUCGAAUUCGCAAACCGAAGUCUCGAACUCGAAGAAGCGAAAAACGAACUACAAGCUGAAGAGGUGCACGUCGCUUCCCGGGAACCAAAGGAUCGAGAAUAAUUUUGUUACGAGCAGUUUGAAUAAUGAGGCGGAGGUGGUGUACACGGAGGAGAUGUUGAGGGAGGCUUGGAAGAAAUUGGGGGUUGGGAAAGAUGGGUAUUUGAACCAGACGGAGUUGGUUUUGGUGUGUGAUGCUAUAGGGUUGCAGAAUUUAGCGAAAGGGGUGAUCAGACAUCUGUCGAAUAAGUUGAGUGUGGAUUAUGACCGCAAAAUUAGCUUCCAGGAGUUGUUGGAAGCGCUACAAGUUGAUGAAACGUGGUCAGAGGUGUUGAAUUCACCGCCUGUUAGUAACGAUCUUACUUUGACUAUGUCGAACGAGAUUUUCCCGGAUUCGAGAACAUUCCAGUAUGUUGCGUUAGGGCCUGAUGGUAACGGGGUUAUUAAUGCCGAAACGUUGAUUGAAAUGUGGGAGCAAGUGGGGAUUAGUUCACCCAAAGAACUAGUUCAUGAGUUGGGAUUCAACGAUCGCGAUAUUAACAUCGUCGAUUUGGCAACAGUGUUAGAAAAAGAGAUUAAAGGCAUCCACGAUUCGAGUCGUUCGGAAAUCCAAAACCCCCACAUAGCUUUGUUAAACGCUAAUUUAACCCUCUACCAGUCAGAAAUCAAGUGUUUGAAGAACAUCCUCGAACAAAUGCACGCAGAAAGAGAGAAAUUAAAAUGCGACGUUGUCGAAGCUAACAAUCGAGCGAAACUUCUAGCCCAAGAAGUCGACGACAACCACCUCAAAAUGGAGCGCAACACCCAAAACCAAGUCAAACUAAUGGAACAAAGACACUCCGACAUCCUCAAAGAGAUCACUCAGCAGUACGCCAACGACAAAGAACACCUGUCGGCCCUUAAUCAAACCCUCGAAGACAAAAUCUGCUCCCUGGAACAAGAAGUCAACAAGCUAAAAAACGACCUAAUCGUCGCCCAAAAGUACUCCAACAGUAUCGAGAAAGAAAACCACACUCUAUCCACGCAAAUCUCGGAGCUACAACAAGUUAAAUCGCUCCUUACGGAUCAGAUUAACACGUUGGAGUGCGAGAAGCAGAAGUACGUGGAGAUGGAGCAAGAGCAGAUAGAGCCUUUGUUGUCGAAGUUGUCGAGUUUGCAGCUCGAGAACGCACAGCUGAGGGACCGCAAUGACGAAAUGGUAGCGGAAAUCGAAAGCUUGAGUUGUCAGGUGUCUGGUUUGAGAGCGAAAGUUUCUAGUACUCCUACGUACAACACCCUUGAUCAGAGUAUGGACGAAAACAUUUCUGUUAUUUGCGAAGGAGUCGGUUUGGGAGCGAAACGUAGGAGUGAUUAUUCGCCGACCAAGGACGGGGUCCUGUUUGGCAUAGCGGACGGAAGUCCUCGCCUGGGGAAAGUGCGCAAAUUCCACAAGGACCGGCCCGACCACCUGGAGGUGGUGCCGUUCGUGUCGAACGAGAGCGGCUUCGAGGCCGAGAUCGAUGCUUUCGACACGUCGCUGUCCUCCACGAACGACCAGGAAGAAGUCACCAGGUUGCAGGCCAAAGUCGCCUUUCUCGAACAGGUUUUGGCUCAGCACUCGAUACCGGUUCCGAGCGACAACGCGCCGGAAAACGCCCCACUUGAAACACUAAACGAUCUGAAAACCAGGGUACAAGAACUGGAAAAACUCUUCACCAACUUAUCCGAAGUCAGUAAAAUGAUAAACAAAAAUGGCCUAACUUGUGAUAACUUAAAGAGCGUAGGCGACAAACUCCACUUGCUUUUAACCGGCCUUAACCAAGACAAAAUGUACACCGACACUUGCACCGAAACCGACCCCGCUCCAUCGUUCGAAGAAGCCAUCAAGCAAUACGAAGAAGAAAACAAAACCCUCCAGUCCAAGUGCUCGGAGCUCGAGAACUGCGUCGAACUCCUCCGCAACGAGUACGAGAAGUGCGAAGACUACUGGCAGUGCAAGCUCGAAGAAGAGCGCCAGAUCUUCGAGCAAGAACAGAGCCAAAGCAGCGAGAAACUCGCCGACUUGAUCAACAAAAUGGCGGAGUACGAGGAGCAGUUCGCCAAUCAAGACACAGUGGACAAUCGGCUUCCACCAAUCGAGGAAACGUAUAACCUAGAGAAGCAGUUCACGGACUUGGAGCAAGAAUUCGAAGAUUAUAAGAUCCAGAGCGAGAACGAAUUGUUCAAACGCGACGAAGAAAUCUCCAUUUUGAAGCAAAAAUUGACAGAACUGGCUGUCAAAAGCGACGGGAGCGAAGUCGGGGUGCAAGUGAACGAGUUGGACGAGAACACGCGGAUCAGCAACAAGAUGAGCAACCUGUCGCUGUGUAUGGUAGAGUCGACGAAUUUGUUCUCGGCGGAUGCUAUGCCGGUGGCGUGGUCACCGGAGUCGUCGAAGAAGUCGGAGGAGUGUGACCCGAACUUCGUGUGGAACAAGGAGGCGAAGAGCGACGGGAACUCCACGGGGACGUCGUUGUCGUGGCAGAACGGGCAACCGUCGACGUCGAACUCGUCGACUUUGGAGAAAAACGCGACUCCGUGUAGACCGAAGAGGACGAGAAAGCACGAAAGGAAUAAUUGUUUGUACAGGAAGAAUAGCCAGGAGGUGAAGAAGGGCGAAGAUGGGUUUGUGCGGAGGGAGGAGCAGAUGGUUACGUUACCUGUAAGUACGAUACAUGGGUUGAAUGGGCGGCUGCACCAUUUGGAACAGAGGUGUAGGCAGCUGCAGAUGGUGCUCAAACAGCAGCACUUCUACACUGAGCAGACCCUACAGCAGUGCAGGCAGCACCACAGAGGGGAAAAGGCGGAGCUGCAAUGUAUCGUAAGAGGUCACCAAGAGAAGUUAGAUCAGCAAGUCAGGAUUUGUAAUGAUCAGUUGGAGAGGUUGGCGCGGGCCGAUAUGCUGGUGAAGGACCUCUACGUGGAAAAUUCGUAUUUAAUUGCUAAAGUACAAAGACUCGAACAACAGUGUCAUAUUUUGGCGCAGUGUAACUCAAAUAGUAGUUCGGUGUAGUCGUGGCCUAUUACACGAGUAAAUGCCUAUUAAAGAAUUUAAUUCUUUUACUAAAGUGGUAUAGUUGACUCUAUUUUCGAAAGACUAAAAAUUACACUUAAAUCUAUCUAUGUGAGAUUUUGUAUAUUAUUGUAUAAGUUAAGUCGUUACAAAGUGAGGUUAUGAACAUAGUUGAACCUGAGUAGGCGACACUUGUAAUAAGUCAAGAACUACGAGCAUGUUAUGGGUUGUUUAUUUUUUUUUUUACAAUGUACUUUUGUUACAUAUCACUUAUUUUAAUUUAUCCAAAGAAUUUUUUAAAAUAAUCAGUAUCUAGUUUAUUGCUGUUAAUCAUACUGGUUAAUACUAAUUUUUAAAAGUGUCAUAUUAUCAAUAAAGACCUGAAAAAUA